UUUUUAACUUAUACAAGAGGCUCAGUCCUUGCUCACAGCUCAUUCUCUUUCAUUCACACACACACAGAUGUAUAUGAAUCUGCUAACUGGGUUUUCUUGAUCUUCAUUUAUAUAUCAGAUUCAAUGUAAGUUUUUUUUUUUUUUUUAUUUAAAGAUCUUGCGUUCUUUAUUUUGGUACUUUGAUUUGUUCGUCUUGUUCCACUCGAAGUCUGUAACUUUUUUUCAAGAUCCACAAAACCACAUCGUUGCUAGAUCUAAAACCCUGCAAUCUUGCUCAAUUCUUGCAUUUUCUUGCUUUCUUUUUGCAUUUUCCCAUCUGAGUUCAUUUCAAAUUCUAAGUCUUUAGUAGAUUUUAGUAACAAUUUUAGAAGCAUGUUGGGUCGGUCCACUUUAUCAAGAACCGGAAGUUUUAGGCCAGAGAAUCUUGGCCAAAAUGCACUGGCUAUGAUAGGGAAUCUUUGUUUCACUUUAUUCGUAUUAGGGGUCUUAAUUUUUACUAUUAUUGCUGCUACAUAUGAGCCUGAGGACCCUCUUUUUCAUCCAUCAACAAAAAUUACUACUUUCCUUACAUCAACUUCGAAUGCUACCUUUAAAUCUGAUGAUACAUUGGUCAAAACUGGGGAGGAUUUCAUGGCUUCAAACCAGACAACACUUGACAGGUUAAUAAUUAACAUCACUGAUAUAGAAACCCCGAGUGUUGGUGCUGUUGUUGAUGCUACUGAUAUUAACCCUGAAAUAACUCCGGAAAAUUGUGUUGGUCCUAUAGAUUGUAAGGACCCAGAAGUGUUUCAUUUGAUGAUGAGGAAGGCAAUAGAGCACUUUAAGGAUUUACAUUUUUAUCGGUUUGGAAAACCAGCCCCUGGUGUUAAUGAUACUAGUUGUGACAUGGCAUGGCGGUAUAGGCCUAAGGAAGCAGCGGCAGCAGCUUUUUAUAAGGACUACAGGCGAUUUUCUAUAGCUAGGUCAGAGAAUUGCACGCUCAGUGUUGUGGGGAUUGGAGAAUACCAUUCAGGUGUAAAUGCACGGAAGAAGAAGAAGAGGAAUCAGAAACCUGGUUUUGAAAAGUCACCUCCCAAGCAAGAAGGGCAGCCGUUGGCAAUGCCUGUAAUUGGGGAUGAUGUGAAUGAUUCACUUCCAGUGGUUGAAUCAGAGAAUUCAUUUAGUCAUGGCAAGUAUUUGAUUUACAAUGGUGGUGGUGAUAGAUGUAAGAGUAUGAAUCAUUACUUGUGGAGUUUCUUGUGUGCAUUAGGUGAAGCUCAGUAUCUAAACCGAACAUUGGUUAUGGAUUUGACUAUAUGUUUGAAUUCAAUGUAUAGUUCUUCAAAUCAGAAUGAAGAAGGUAAGGACUUCAGGUUUUAUUUUGAUUUUGAACAUUUGAAGGAGGCAGCAUCAGUGUUGGACCAGGCUCAGUUUUGGGAUGAUUGGGGUAAAUGGCACAAAAAGGAUAAGUUGAGCCUUCACCUUGUGGAGGAUUUUAGGGUCACGCCUGUGAAGCUUCAAGAGGUUAAAGAUACCCUGAUUAUGAGGAAAUUUGGGUCUGUUGAACCAGAUAAUUACUGGUACAGAGUAUGUGAAGGAGAGACAGAGUCUGUUGUUCAACGGCCUUGGCAUUUGAUAUGGAAGUCAAAAAGGUUGAUGGAUAUUGUUUCAGCAGUCGCCUCAAGAUUGAAUUGGGAUUAUGAUGCAGUUCACAUUGAGAGAGGGGAUAAAGCAGCAAACAGGGAACUCUGGCCUAAUCUUGCAGCCGAUACGUCUCCUGAUGCACUGCUUUCAACCUUGUCUGACAAGAUUGAAGAUGGGAGGCAUGUCUAUAUCGCAACAAAUGAGCCUGAUACAGCCUUCUUCGAUCCUUUGAAGGACAAGUAUACUACCCAUUUUCUAGACGAGUACAAAGAUCUUUGGGAUGAGAACAGUGAGUGGUACUCAGAGACAACCAAGCUUAACAAAGGUGUUCCAGUUGAAUUCGAUGGUUAUAUGAGAGUGUCUGUUGAUACAGAGGUGUUCUUGAGGGGGAAAAAGCAGAUUGAGACUUUCAAUGAUCUUACUAAUGAUUGCAAAGAUGGCAUUAACACCUGCAAUACUGCUGCCAGUUAACUCUUAUACACCAGGUUUUGUGCUUUUCUGUUGCUGCAUUGGAAUAUAAGCACCUGUACUUCUAGCCGUUUUCUUUGUGUUGCUUUGAGAAACUGUAAGCAUUAUUUGUUAGUUUCUGUAGCAUUUUAAUGAAUUUUGUAAUCGUAGAACAAGAUAACCUAGUAUCCUCAGUGUUUUAUUAUCA